AUGUCUCAGCAGGAAAGCUUUGAAGCGAACAUUACAAAACAUGACUGGGCUUGUGAAACCCUCCAUGAGAAGUUCACAGAGCAGUUCAAUGCUGAGUCCGAUAAAGCCUUCAAUCAAACCUUGAAGGCUAUCAGCAACGUUCUCAAGAUAGAGCAUACGAUACUUUCGAGCAAAACGGAAUCCGCGCUGGAAGACCUUCGGAGAACCUCGCAAGAGACACGAACUGGUUUCUACGACAUCGCGCGACAGGCUCUACAAGACAAGGGACCAGAAACCGCCGCACUGCGAGAGGAAUAUGAAGCCAAGCUUAAAGCCAAGGAUGAAGAGAUCAAGGCCCUGAGAGAGUCCGUACAUGAUCCAUCUAUGACGGACCGAGACAAAGACGACAUGAUCGCCACACUCAAAGAGCUGAACCAAGCCCUUCGUGAUCAACUCCAGGAACGAAUGGAGUUAUACGAGCUUAAAGAGGAGGAAGACCACCGAAUGGCGGUCAAAGACAGAAGGGAGGUAGAAGAAAUAGUGCGGAACAAGGAAGCCGAAUUCCGAAAGGGUCUGCUCGAGGCGCACAAGAAGACUCAAGCGCAGGCAAGGGAGAUAGCUCAGCUGUCUCAAAAGGUCCAAGAAGAUGCCGUGAUGAUCAAACAUCUAAGCGAAGGCAUCGAGGAGCUAUCAGCUGAUAGAGUAAUGUUGGAAAACGAACUGAAGGGCAAGAUCAGCGAGAUCGCUGAACUGAAACAGCAGAGAGGUGUUUAA